AUGCUUCGUUUCCAGGGCGAUAGAGCUCCUCCAGCACUCUUGUCUCCGCUGUUCCCGUCUGAUCUGGCUCGAGCAAGCAGCCAUGAACCAGCCAUCGAGCACAGCGACUGGCCAUGCCGUGUGCUCCCUGGAACAAAUGAGGCACAGAGCCAGUCCGUUGUAAAACCAGACCCCAUCCUGUGCACAUUUGGUGAACCCCCUUUUGCAGCGCGGGAGGCCACGGCUCGGAGAAGCAGAGACAAGCAGAAGAAGCAAAAGGGACUCGGGUCUCUGUAUAAAAUUCGCGGGCGACAAAAGUCACGGGCGCUUUUCCUGUUUAGGCAGUCUGCGAUCCUCUUCUUGCUUCUUGUUUUUUUCAUUUUUUUUCCUUCCUCCUCCCUGCUUGCUUGUUUAUUUUCUUCGUCCUCACCAGCUUCACUUCCAUCUUCUCUCCAUCAACUCUCCGUCUUCCUCUACGGCUUCGUCUGUUCUUCUCGACCGAUCUUCUCUGACGCGCUGGCUGCUGGCUCGACGCUGACUCUCUCUCUCUCUCUCUCUUUCUCUCUCGACAGGAGCCUUCACCACAGCUACGGACAGUUUACAACAGCAGCCACGAUGUUGUUCUCUUCUCUCGUCGUCCUCCCCGUUCUCGCGUCCACUGUGACUGCGCUCGGCUCGAACUACACUGUUCCUCCAGACUUCAACGCCGGAGCUAUUUCUCCCGAAGAGAAGGCCAACUGGUGCGAGGCCGAAGCCAACACCUGUAAUGACGUCUGCGGCUCCUACUUGAUCAACAGAUGCGACCCGGUAAAGCUCUACUCUCUGCUGUUUCUUUAUUUCUAUUCCAGAGUCAGCACUCUCGAGUUCUCCUGCCAGUGCCAGAACGGCACCGUCCCCCAGAUUGACCAGUACAAGAACUCUCUUCCUUGGUUCAUCUGCCAGGCCACCUUCAGCCAGUGCAUCAAGGCUCACCCCGACGACGCUGAUGGCCAGCAGGUCUGCAAGGACAACCAGGAGAAGUGCGGCAAGCUGGACGCUACUCCUCCCGGUGACUCUUCUACUACCUCGGCCAGCAGCGAGCCCACCGCCUCCUCUACCGGCAGUUCUCCAUCUGCUACCACCACUGGACCUGCACCCACUCACACCAAUGCUGCUGCCAUCAUGGCUGCUAAGGACUACUCCCUUGGCAUCUUCGCUACCGUUGUCUUGGGCGUCUUUGGUAUCCUGCUCUAG